AUGGCCUACAAAUCCAACCUCCCUAUCGGGUACCGAUGGCGCUCUUCAAAUUGGUUCAUCAUUAGCUGUAUUGCUAUAGCUCUGUUUUCGGAAAACUUCCUAUACAGCUAUAUCGUUCCUAUUCUCCAGGUCAUGCUGGAGGAGAGGCUGGGCAUCGAUGAAUCGGAAUUACAAGAAACAACUUCACUCGUAUUAACGGUCCAUGCCUUGGUCUGUCUGGUGGCUGGUCCACUUACAGGUUGGUUGGCCGAUAAAGCGCCAAACCGAAGGCUCCCGUUACUUCUAUCGCUGGGAGCUGAGCUGGUAGGAACGGUGAUCAUCAUGUUAUCUCCGAAUCUUCCCGUACUUCUCUUCGGACGCGCACUUCAAGCGAUAGGCGGCAACACAGUAUGGAUUGUCGGCCUCGCUACCGUUGCCGAUACAGUCGGACAUGAAAACACGGGCAAGGUCCUUGGAGGGAUAUCGUCGUUCUUCGUCUCGGGCUUACUAUUCGGACCGAUGGCCGCCGGUACCUUUCUCCAGGUGCUGGGAUACUGGAUGACUUGGAUGCUUCCUAUCUUGAUGCUGGUCCUUGAUAUGCUGAUGCGCAUGAUCAUGAUCGAGAACAAGAACGGUCACCGGUCGCCUACGAAGGAGUAUCUCUCUGAUGAUACUGCGCCAAUUGAGAACGGCGUGCGCGGAGAAAUCAGUGUUGAUGAUCUAAUCCAUGAAGAUUCGGCCCUUGUCGAUAUCCAGUCCCCAAAUCCCAAUGCGUACUACGACUACGACGAUGAUCCACACCCACCAAGACGUGACGUCCCGCCUCAUAAAGCUCCAACGACCAACGUUGAAAAAUCAAGCUUUACAUCCAAUAUUUACACCAUGAUCUUGUCCGACUCGCGCGCUGCCGGUGGAUUGAUCUGUAACUUCACACAGGCUGUGAUCUUGGUCGCAUUGGAUACCACAUUACCUCUUCACUGCAUCGAACAAUUUGGUUGGAAUACCGCUCGAGUCAGUCUGAUGUUUCUGCUUUUGCAGAUUCCAUCCCUAUUGCUUGGCUCCGUAACUGGGCUGCUCAAAGACAAAGUUGGUACCAAGCUUCCCACUAGCAUAGGUUUCCUGACCGCCAGUGUUUUUCUUUGGCUUUUGGGUACAGCCAGCAGCGAUGGACUGUCUAUCGUGGGAACUGGAAAGAAAGGCCAAGCGAUAUACAUGGUUGCCGUGAUCGGAAUUGGUAUUUCGCGAACCUUUAUCAGUGGCUGUGGUACAAUUGAGAUUACCAAUGUCAUGAGAGAAAUUCAUGAAGAACACCCUGAGCGCUUUGGAUCUCAGAAGAACUUUUCUUCCGGAUUUUCCAUGACAAACUUCUGUUGGACUGCGGGAAUGCUGGUCGGACCUGUUUUGUCGGGUUUCCUAACACGGUCUGUUGGAUACUAUUAUAUGAAUUUGACCUGUGCGAUUAUGUCUGUGAUAGUUGGACUGGUGGGAAUGACAUUUUUGCCGAGCAAAAAGAAGCAACCCAUCGCCCUAUGA